AUGCAUUUCCCAUCCUCCUUCCUCGCCGCCGCGGCCCCUCUCCUCCUCCUCGGCACCUCCGCCUCCGCCUUCCAGCACCGCGAGCGCGGCGUAGCCGCAGCAGCAGCCACAUUCACCACCUCCAUCCUCCCCGCGCGCGACGUCGACGUCGCCGCCACCGCCACCGCCGUGGACGCCGCCAAUACAGCCGCCGCCGCUGGGUGUGGUGGUGCCGCUGCUGCCGCUGCCGCGGAUGGUGCUGAUGCGGCUGAUGGGGCUGUGAUUAACUCCCGUCUGCGGAGGAGGCAGUUUGGGAAGGGGAAGGGGAAAGGUGGGGGGGGUAAGGGGAAGGGGAAGGGAAAGGGGAAGGGCAAGGGUAAAGGGAAGGGGAAGGGUGGCGCUGCUGCUGGCGGUGGUGCUGCGGGUGCGGCCGGUGGUGCGGCCGGUGGUGCGGCUGGUGGUGCUGCGGGUGGUGCAGCUGGUGGUGCGGCCGGUGGUGCAGUGGGUGGUGGUGCGGCUGGCAACGGUACUGAUGCUGGUGCUGGUGUCGAUGCCGGAGCCGGUGCUGAUGCUGGAGCCGGCGCUGAUGUCGGAGCUGGCGCCGGGGUUGGAAGCGGAUCUGGUACCGGCACCGACAACGGAACUGGUACUGACGCCGGAGCAGGUACCGGUGCUGGAACGGGCAGCAACACUGGCACUGACACCGGGGCCGGUGGUUCCGGCUUUGACAAUGGAGCUGAUUCUGGAACUGGCGCUGGCGCUGGCACUGGCGCUGGCACUGGCACUGGAACUGGUGCCGAGUCUAACAACGGUGCUGGCGCCGGGACUGGAACCAAUACCGGAACCGACACCAACACCAACGCCGGCGUCGGAGCUGGUGUCGGGGUUGGUGAUUCUGGGUCUGCCAAUGGCGCUGGCACCGGAACUGGAGCCGGGGCCGACUCUGGAGCGGGCGCUGACAUUGGUGCCGGAACUGGUACGGGAGCAGGUGCCGGAGCCGACGCCGGAACUGGUGCCGGAGCGGGUGCCGGCCUUGGCGCCGGUCUUGGCGAAUUGGGCGCCGAGCUCAAAGCCGGGCUUGGGGCUCUGUUGGGUGGCAGAAGCGCUGAUGCUGAUGCUGAAGCCACGGCCUAA